UAUUCAACGUUUUUAAUGACAAUUUCCGGUCAUGCGCGUAGUUGAUUUGUCGCAGUCGUAAUAUCCUCCCCUCCCUCCACCCCUUCGCCGCGGAGCUGUCUCUCGUCGUCGUAUAGCGAAAAUUUGGAAAUGGCUUCAAGAAUCAUCAGGAAAAUUGUCCCGGUGACGAAAGUAGGGACGGCGCAGUACAGCUCGGGUGUGAAGCGGGUGACGUUAAUCCCUGGCCAUGGGAUCGGCCCGGAGAUCACCGUGGCGGUGCAGAAAAUAUUCGAGGCCGCGAAAGUCCCCAUCGAAUGGGACGAAGUGGACGUCACAGCUGUUAGGGGCCCAGAUGGAAAGUUCGGCAUUCCCCAAAAGGCCAUAGACUCAGUGAAUGAGAACAAAAUCGGGCUAAAGGGGCCUCUCAUGACCCCUGUUGGCAAGGGCUACCGCUCCCUCAACUUGGCGCUCCGUAAGGAGUUUGACCUGUAUGCCAAUGUGAGGCCGUGCAAAAGUUUAGAUGGUAUCAAAACCCUUUACGACAACGUGGACGUAGUGACCAUCCGAGAGAACACCGAAGGCGAGUACUCCGGCAUCGAGCACGAGAUCGUCGACGGCGUGGUGCAGAGCAUCAAGCUGAUCACCGAGGAGGCCAGUAAGAGGGUGGCCGAGUUCGCCUUCCAGUUCGCCAGGGAUAACAAGAGGAAGAAGGUCACCGCUGUCCACAAGGCUAACAUCAUGCGUAUGUCGGACGGUCUGUUCCUGCGCUGCUGCCGCGACCUGGCCACGAAGUUCCCCGACAUCCGCUUCGAGGAGCGCUACCUCGACACCGUCUGCCUCAACAUGGUGCAGGACCCGUCCAAGUUCGACGUGCUGGUGAUGCCUAACUUGUAUGGUGACAUCAUGUCUGACAUGUGCUCGGGUCUGGUCGGAGGCCUGGGUCUGACCCCCUCAGGAAAUAUCGGCAAGAACGGGGCACUCUUCGAAUCUGUCCACGGCACAGCACCUGACCUCGCCGGCAAGGACAUGGCCAACCCCACAGCUCUACUCCUCUCCUCCAUCAUGAUGUUAAGGCAUCUGCAACUCAAUGAGCAUGCUGAUAAGAUUCAGAAUGCUUGCUACGAAACUCUGCGCGAAGGAAAACAUUUGACCGGCGAUUUGGGAGGCACUGGCAAAUGCAGCGAAUACACCGCUGCUAUUAUUUCUAAGCUGAACUAAAUAGUUACAGAAUUUAUUGAACUUGAUUUGAUUCGAAUCCACCAAAUAUUCUUUGUAAGUUGCUUGGCGCCAUUUUUACGCCUACUUUUUAAAUUCUGUCCACAGACAAAGUUGUAAAAAACAGUUUGACUUCCGUUUGAUACGGGCGCAUUUUAGUUGAAUGGCCGUGUAACGGAACGUUACUGAUGUUGGUGGAAAAGUUUGCAAAGAAACAUUACUUUCUUUAAUGCUUACUUAUUUAUUGAUUUCCUAGAAAGUAUUAUUUAUAUUGUAAAAAUGUCUAAACUCAUGUAAAUAAUCCGCUAUUGAAUUAUUUAUGUGAUAAAAUCUGCAUAAAUCAUAUUCUACCUACCCUUAACUUUACUCUUGUAGUGUACCUUUAGUAUAGAUUUAUAAUACAAUAAUAAAAUAAAUAUUUAUUUAUUGGUGCAGAUUUGCUCCAAACUAUUCUUCAUUACAAAAUGUAGACUAAUGAUGACAUAAUACUUUGUUAAUAUAAUUUUGUUUAAAAC